AUGGCACAAUUAGCCAUUGUUGGUAUGGCUUGUCGCUUGCCUGGUGAUGUAUCGUGUCCGGAAGAGUUCUGGGAGUUAUGUUCUCGUGGUAGAAGCGCCUGGUCUCCCAUUCCCGAGUCUCGAUUCAAUGCCUCCGCGUUCUAUCAUCCCAAUCCGGAUCGUGCAGGGUCAAUUAAUGCGAAGGGAGCACAUUUCUUGAAGGAAGAUGUCGCACUCUUUGAUGCGCCAUUCUUCAAUGUUACGCUUCAGGAGGCUCGUUCUCUUGACCCCCAGCAGAGAUUAAUUCUCGAAUGUACUUAUGAAGCGCUCGAGAAUGCCGGCAUACCGAUUCACUCUACUGCAGGAAGCAAAAUUGGCGUAUUUGCUGGGGCUUCUUUUCCCGAAUACGAUCUGAACAACUUUAGGGACACGGAGGCGAGCCCUAUGUAUGCAUCCACAGGGACUGCAAUGUCACUUCAAGCAAAUCGUAUCUCAUACUAUUUUGACCUUCAGGGACCGAGUAUUACAAUAGAUACCGCGUGCUCCUCCAGUCUCAGUGCCUUGCAUUUGGCAUGCCAAAGUCUUCGAGCUGGUGAAUGUUCCGCUGCAAUCGUGGUUGGGUGCCAUUUGAACUUGUUUCCAGAGGGAUUUAUAUCCAUGUCUCGUUCAAGGCUGCUUUCUGACGAAGGACGAACAUAUGCAUUUGACUAUCGAGGAACCGGGUUUGGUCGAGGCGAGGGAGCAGGGUGUAUUGUAUUGAAACUAUUCGAAGCAGCACAGGCAGCUGGAGAUGCAGUUCGGGCUGUAAUUGUCAAUAGUGGGGUCAAUCAGGAUGGACGCACAAGGGGCAUCUCUAUGCCCAACGGCGCGGCACAGGAAGCAUUGAUCCGUUCGGUUUACAAUGGUGCUUGCAUUGAUCCAGCACUAGCGGGAUACGUUGAGGCCCACGGGACAGGAACCAAGGUUGGAGACCCUAUCGAAGCCAUGGCACUUCACGCAGUCUUUGGGAAAGGCCGAACACCACGACAACCGUUGUUUGUUGGCUCUGUCAAAUCUAAUAUAGGUCAUGCGGAGGGAGCUAGUGGGGUCAUCUCAAUAAUUAAAACGGCUAUGAUGCUGGAAAGGGGGUUUGUUUUGCCGAAUUGCAAUUUCGAUAAGGCAAAUGAAGACAUUCCGCUGGCCAAAUGGAAUAUGAAGGUCCCCAAAAAAUUGGUACCUUGGCCUCGAGGUAAACCCUUCGCUAGCGUAAAUAACUUCGGGUUCGGUGGUUCAAAUGCGCAUAUACUUCUACGGGCUGGCCCACGUAGCAAGGGGGACGGAACAAUAAACACAGACCCUCUCCCACGCAAAGUAUUUGUUCUCACAGGGCAUGACAAGCAAGCUGUGAUUCAGCUGGCCAGUAAUCUUAGUGCUUAUCUUGUACGACAUCCGGUCAUAUUUGAUACGAAUUUACUAGGCAAUCUUGCCUACACCCUGGGUCAAAGACGAAGCUUAUUUCAAUGGAGACUUGCAGUAUCAGCAUCUCUUGAUAAGCAAUUGACCGAGUUUUUGACCAGCAAUCUUGAGCCACACCGAGCAGUACAAGAACCUGUCGCUGCGUUCGUUUUCACCGGGCAAGGCGCACAAUGGCUGGGAAUGGGGAGAGAGUUGCUGGCUACUUAUCCCGUGUUCAAGCAAACAAUACUGGCAAUAGAUGCAUGUCUAGCGACUCUUGGGGCUAGCUUUUCAAUCUUAGAUGAGCUGCUUUUAGAUGAUCCCAUUACAAGCUCGAUAUCUAAGGCGCAUAUGAGCCAGCCGGCAUGUACAGCAAUUCAGUUGGGGUUGAUCGACUUGCUCAAAUCUUGGGGAAUUAGCUUGACUGCUGUGACGGGACAUUCAAGUGGUGAAAUAGCAGCAGCAUACGCUGCAAAAAUUUUGACUUUAGAGGAAUGUGUGCGGAUUGCAUAUGCCCGAGGAGUCGCCGCAAGCUUUCUGACGCAACAUUCAAGGGUCCAAGGAGCAAUGCUGGCAGUAGGAGCGAGCGUCCCAGAGGUACAGCCUUUUGUGGAUGCGCUGCGAAACAAGCAUGCCGUCAUCGCGUGUGUAAAUAGCGGUUCGAGUGUUACGAUAUCUGGGGACGAGGAUGCUAUCAUUGAGCUCCAGGAUGUUUUGGAUAAAGAGCAAAUUUUCACCCGUCGGUUACAGGUAGAUGUUGCUUAUCACUCUCGCCACAUGCAACAGGUAGCACAGCAAUACCGCUUGCUAAUGGGACGACUUGAACCACAAGGCUCACAGAUUUCGUUUCAUUCGGCGGUUUGUGGCUCAACGUUACCUGGAACGGAUCUCAAGCCUUCAUACUGGGUGGACAAUCUAGUAUCGCGCGUUGAAUUCGUGCAAGCUUUACAGAGCCUCCUUGCAGAGAACGCCAAAGUCAAUACGAUAAUUGAGGUUGGCCCUCAUUGUGCACUGCAAAUGCCAAUUAAGGACAUCAUUCGCGAACACUCUCCGAAAAGGAACAUUCAGUACCUAUCCAGUCUGAAGCGCAAUGUAGACGGCGUUGAAGCUCUUCAACAAUUGGCGAGUGCGCUGUUUGUCCGAGGUUUUCCAAUUGACCUCGGUGCUGUGAACUUCCCCGACCAUGAGCGGAGUGCACGCAAGCUGACAUUAUUGACAAACCUGCCUAGAUACCCCUGGAAUCAUUCAGAGAGGUAUUGGCAUAUGUCCCGCCUGGCACAUAAUCUGUACUAUAGGCCUUCACCCCGAAACGAUCUCUUAGGAUCCCUCUGUAUGGAAAACCUUGAUUUUGAUCCCAGGUGGAGGAACAUCAUCCGACUUGAUGACUAUCCUUGGAUCCGUCAGCACAGGGUGCAUGGGAGCAACGUAUAUCCUAUGACUGGAUUCCUGGCAAUGGCAAUCGAAGCAAUGGUUAAACAGGCAGACAUAAACCAUAUUUCGUUAGAAAAGGUUGAUAUUCGAGAUGUUAUAAUUCCUCGUGCCCUUACUAUCGCUGAGGGUGCAUCUGUGGAAACCAUGGUGGCACUGAGAUGUGUAAACGACUCUAGCAGGUCCGUCGACGGCUGGCAUGAAUUCAAAAUAUUUUCUUGGGUUGAUAGUCGAGGUUGGGAACAAAAUUGCCGUGGCUUUGUCAAAGGCCAAGAGAUCAAAGGCAAGAAUCCAGUCGACGGGUAUCGGCAACAGGCGACCAUUUCUGCAGAGUUGUCACGGCAAAUAUUCGAUAUCCGGGCCUCCUGCACUGUGCCCGUUGAUGCAGCGGCUCUAUACAAAAAUGUCGAGAAUAGUGGCGUUGAUUAUGGGCCGAUAUUUCGAGGGUUACAUGACAUUGCUGUCAGCGACAACUUGCAGUCAAUGGCGACCGUUUGUGUACCAGAUAUGAAGGCCUGUAUGCCCCUCGAGUAUGAAACAGAAUGUAUUAUUCAUCCGGCUACGCUCGAUCAUUGCAUCCAAAUGCUGUGGACUCUUCUAGGGUUACAACAUGGUCCUUCAGAUGUAACUCAUGUGCCAUCACGAAUCUCGCAGGUUUCCAUCUCGCUUGCACGUCCCUUCCGUGCAGGCACCCGACUUCAACUGUACGCACGCCAGCCUUCUCUUUCAACUCAUCAGCCCCAGUGCAAUCGCAUCCUUGUUCUAGAACCCGAAGAUCCUUACAAUGCCGUCAUCGAAAUAGAUGGGGUGACUAUGGUUCCUGUGAAUUACGAUAAUGGCAAAUCUUGGGCCAAAGAGCCCGAUGCCUUAUGCUACAAGCUUCACUGGGAGCCGUGUUUUGAUUUCCUCUCUGCUGAGGAUUACAAAAUCUUCCCACAAUCAAGUCAAGAGGAUAGACAUGGUGUUCAGAGGAUGCGGCUGUUGGACCGGUUGGCGGAGCACUACCUUCGCAAUGUUUUGAAUUGCAUCUCAGAGCAAGAACUAGGGAGCCUCGAAAACCACUACCAGAAGUUUUAUCGUUGGGCUCAGAAGACCUGCAGUUCUAGCCGCCUGAGUGUGCCACUUGCGCCACAGACCCGUCAACGACUUCGACAAAUGAACGGACCGGGGGCAUUGCUUUACGAAAUUGGCGAGUUGCUUCCUCGGAUUCUGCGCAGUGAGGUGGAUCCAUUAACUUCAAUGCUUGAGGACGAUUUAUUGAAUAGAUAUUAUCAAGAUGCUGAUAACUUGCGUCAGUCAUACGCUCAGGUGUCGGUCUGCAUUAAUCAGAUGGGACAUCAAAAUCCUAACCUGAAUAUACUUGAAAUUGGCGCCGGGACUGGUGGUACUACUGUACCCAUCCUCCAAACUCUUGGGGGAGGUAGUGACGGGACGACGCCCCGGUUCAGCCAUUACACCUACACCGAUAUUUCACCAGGUUUCUUCGAGAAGGCGAAGACCAAAUUCGAAGCUUGGGACCAUCUCAUGACAUAUCAAACUCUUGAUAUUUCUUCUGAUCCUACAGGGCAGGGUUAUGAGCCUCAUUCAUAUGACUUAGUUGUUGCAUGUAACGUUUUGCAUGCUACCCCUGAGAUCAAUAAAACGGUUGAGCAUGUGCGAAUGCUUUUGAAGCCCGGUGGAAAGAUGAUCCUGAUUGAGGAAACGACACCCAAGGCCAGGCAUUUUCCAUUUGUAGCUCUUCCUGGAUGGUGGCUAAGCAAAGACGAUGCCCGGAUUGACGGUCCCCUUCUGGACUCGAAUGGAUGGAACAGUGUUCUUACAGCAAAUGACUUUACUGGAAUCGAUGUUCAGCUUGAUGACUAUCCAGGAUCUGAUGAUCGGAGUAGUAGUAUCAUGAUUUCUACAGCCAACAGUUCGAGAACUGGGCCAGAUGCUGAGGGAGAUAUUGUCAUCAUCGAAGACGGAUGCAACAAUGAAGCUCAUCUCAAAGAGGAAGUGAAAAUUGCUUUGGAAAACAUAACUGGUGUGUCACCUCUUGAAGGGAAGUUGGCUGAGACAAACGUAGCUGGAAAAUGGUGUGUUUUCAUUGGCAAUAUUAACCAGCCCAUACUCGCGGAAUUGGACCAGGAUAUCUUCCAGAAGAUUCAGCGUCUGGUGAGAGAAGCUCGGGGAUUAUUGUGGGUUACUCGACACAGAAUAGAGGAUGCAAGGUCCCUCGCUCAUAAUAUGGUGACCGGAUUGGCUCGGACAAUAAGGUCAGAAACUGGCUUGCAGUUUGCAACAUUGGACCUGGGCGAAGAAGGGAUCAUGUCAGACGUGGAAGCCGCACGGCACAUAACGAAAGUGUUUGAUGGUGUAUUCUGCCGCAAACUAGCACUCAUGGAGGCAGACAGGGAGUUUACAAUUCGCCAGGGGCACAUAUGCGUUUCGCGCCUAGUCGACAAUGACGUGCUUAACCUAAGCAUACAGCAUGAGACCCAGCGUGCACCCCCACAACGGCAACCUUUUCAGCAACCGCAAAGACCAUUGAGGCUCACCACUGGACACAGUAGGAUGUUAGAUGAGUUGUACUUUACUGACGACCAUUCUCGUGAUACUCCACUGCCGAGCGACUCUAUCGAGAUUCAUGUCUCCUAUGUUGGUCUCAACUUCAGAGAUGUGCUGCUUGCCAUGGGUCAGCUUCAAGGGGGUAUGUUAGGCCAGGAAUGCAGUGGCAUAGUUACGGCCGUGGGAGCCUAUGUCACCGAGUUCCACGUGGGAGAUCGAGUGUUUGCUGUGUCACCUGGUUCGCUGUCCACCUAUACGCGAUGUCCAGCAUCCAGCGCAUGGAGCGUCCCAAGGGACAUGUCUUUAGAAGUAGCAGCCUCUGUGCCUACUGUCUUCUGUACUGCAUACUACUCCUUGAUUGACCUCGGGCGGCUUUCAAAAGGGGAAAGCAUCCUUAUCCACGCAGCCGCGGGAGGAGUGGGACAAGCAGCAAUCAUAAUUGCGCAGUCUAUUGGUGCCAAAAUAUUCACGACGGUUGGCAGCGAAGAGAAAAAGAGAUUCCUGAUGGAGGCUUACAACCUGGCAGAUGAACAAAUCUUAUUCAGUAGAGACACUUCGUUUGCUCAGGGGAUUUUGCACGCUACUGGUGGAGAGGGAGUGGAUGUUGCAUUAAACUCGUUAGGUGGUGACGCAUUGCAGGCAACAUUUAGAUGUGUUGCGCCAUUUGGGAGGUUCAUCGAAAUCGGUAAAAGAGAUAUUGAGCAGAAUGCCAGGCUAGAGAUGGCCCCCUUUGACAAAAACAUAUCGUUUGCGUCAGUGGACUUGAACCUGGUAAGAGCUAAACGACCAGAGAUUCUCAGAAAGCUUCUUCGCAAGUCCAUCGACUUUUUGGUCCAAAAGAAGGCCCUAUCUCGGUGGAUGAUUACGACGAUACCGAUUUCGGAGAUUGAGGCAGGCUUCCGCGCUUUGCAAGGUGGGCAAGUAAUUGGUAAGAUGGUCGUCAAGAUGGUGGAUAGUAUAGACGAUAAAGAAGCUACCCUAGUAAAGGUGCAUCCGGCGAGAAAGCUUGAGAAGCUCCUACCACCAAACGCUUCGUAUAUUGUUGUGGGUGGGACUGGAGGGAUUGGUCUUGACCUUGCUAGCUGGCUGCCAAGUAAAGGAGCCACGCACCUGAUCCUGGUCUCCAGGAGUGGUGCAGCGAGCAAGGAAGCCCAGCAAAUUGUGCAAGAUCUAACCCAAAAAGGUGUCACAGUAGAGGUUUGUCGUUGUGACAUUUCCAAUGUUACAGACGUGGAAGAAAAUCUAGGGGCUGCUCUUCGCCAGAUGCCACCUGUGCAUGGUGUUAUCUACGGUGCUAUGGUCCUCCGUGACGUACUCUUCGAGAAAAUGACCUAUGAGGACUAUAUGGCCGUCAUUAAGCCAAGAGUUCACGGCAUUUUGAAUCUUCGAAACCUUCUGCACGCAAUGAACAUGACAGGCAAUCUUGACUUCUUCAUAAACCUUUCCUCCGGUGCCAGUUUCGUUGGAAACAUGGGCCAGGCACAAUACGCUGCAACUGGUGGCUUCAUGGCUGCGCUGGCGCAGUAUCCCGAAGCCUCAGGGUUACCAUAUACGACUCUUGAUCUCCCAGUUGUACGAGGAGUCGGCUAUCUGAGCGGCGACGAAAAGAAAUUUGAGCACGUGGCUCAUCAACUUGGCACUUCAGCAAUCGACGCCACCCAUAUCCGAUGCCUAAUAACCGCCGCGAUCCGGAACGAGAUCAGGGACUCUAGCGAAGGCCACUGCGUAAUUGGAUUUGAUUUCGUUAAAACCACGCCUGUCAGUGAACUGCCUUUCUGGGUCAAAGAUGCCAAAUUGUCCAAUCUAACCCGGAUCUCCAAUCUCGUGGAGACAACCUCGUCGCAUGCCCAGAAAACAAUAACAGGAAUCUCUCCUGGCUCUGCACUCCGUCAGUCACGGAGCUUAGAAGCAGCGGAAACCCUUGUCGUGGAAGCUGUCAUCAAGAAAUUAUCAAGUAUAUUGAUGCGUCCGGCCGAGGAACUCGACUCCAUGGUGCCUAUCUCCGUGUACGGCUUGGACUCGCUUGUCGCCAUUGAAGUUCGGAAUUGGAUAACUCGGGAAUUAGAGGCCAGUUUGCAGAUAUUGGAAAUUCUCGCUAGCGAAUCUCUUCCUGUUCUGGCAAGGCUUAUUCUGAAGAAAUCUGCUAUACUUUCUGCGAAGGUGAAGACGGAAUGGGGGCUGAAUGAUUGUUGA